AUGGCGAGCCCGGACACCACCCACCGGCCUGCCUCGGUCGCUACGAGUGCGGCCUCGAUGAGCGUUGAUACAAGGCCAUCGGCAGCCAUUCUUAGUUCAGCGUUUUCCUCACCUCGCUCCGUUUCACCAUCCAGAACCAUUCGCGAAACCAUGAACGAUAGCGGCGUCGAACUUCCCCACAGAGAUUCGGCUCGAUCCAGCAUGGAUGGCACAACGGCCACUACCAAUGCUAUUGUUCCUAGCAGCCGAACUUCUCUUGACAGCGGUCGAACUAGCAUGAGCUCCGACUGGCCAGUUCACCCUGGCGAGAUCAACACAAUUGCUCAGCUCGAUACCCUGCCCUUUGGUACCGAAGUCACAUUUCGAGCUCGUAUCGAGACGCAGCGACCCAUCUCAAAGGUGCUCGACUUCCUCCUACUCCGCGACCAAACACACUCUGUCCAAGGUGUUCUCGCCCGUGAUGUCGGUAAUGCCGAGUUUAUCUCUUGGGUCCGCAAGAUCAACUCUGAGUCUCUGGUCCAGAUCACUGGUACCCUCAAGCAGCCUCCUGAGCCCAUCCGAUCGGCCACACACUCUCGAGUCGAGGUUGCUGUCGACUCUGUCCAUCUCGUCAACCUUGCCCAGAACCUUCCUUUCAGCAACUACAAGCCCCCAGAGACUCUGCGCAACCGAAUGAAUGCCCGAAUUCUCGAUCUUCGACACCCCUCGAACCAAGCCCUCUUCCGUGUGCGCUCAAUGGUCACGCGCAUCUUCCGAAACACCCUCGAGGAACAUGGCUUCGUCGAGAUCAACACCCCCAAGCUGCAGCCUGCAGCCACAGAGAGUGGUGCUGCUGUCUUUCCUGUGAACUACUUCGGUCGCCGGGCUUUCCUUGCUCAGAGCCCUCAACUCGCAAAGCAAGAGGCUAUUUCGGCCGACUUUGGUCGUGUCUUUGAGGUCGGCCCUGUUUUCCGUGCUGAAAAUUCCAACACCCACCGUCACUUGACCGAGUACACUGGUCUCGAUCUGGAGAUGGCCAUCGACACCGACUACCACGAGGUCAUCUCUUUCAUUGACAUCUUUCUCAAGGAAGUCUUUAGAACAGUCUACUCAUCCCGAGAGCUUGAGGUCAUUCGUAAGCGAUGGCCAAGCAAGGAGUUCAAGUGGCUCGAGGAGACGCUUAUCCUCCCUUUCAGCGAGGGUCUCCAGAUGCUUCGAGACGACGGGCGCGAGGUGGAAGUGGAGGAUUUGUCUACUCCUGAUGAGAUGCGACUUGGCGAGCUUGUUCGCGAGAAGUACAACACCGAUUACUAUGUUCUUGACAAAUUUCCCGCCAACGCUCGUCCUUUUUACACUGCCAAGGACCUCGAGGAUCCCACGUGGACUCGAUCCUUCGAUAUCUUCAUUCGCGGUCAGGAGAUCUGCUCUGGUGGCCAGCGUAUCCAUAAUGUUGAAGAGCUCCGAGCCAACAUGGCUGAAGCCGGUAUGACUGAGGAUGGUAUGGAGGAUUACCUCACCGCGUUCGAGUUGGGUGCUCCUCCUCACGCUGGUGCUGGUCUUGGUCUUGAGCGUAUUGUCGCUUGGAUGCUCGAGCUUGGCGAUGUCCGAUACGCCUCUCUCUUCCACCGAGAUCCCAAGUCUCUCCCUACCAAGGCUCCUGGCCUGCCUCAUCCCGAGGCUGAUACCACCAAGCCCCACCACGCCGACUCUCCCCCUCCUUUGGAGAAGCUUAUCGCCAACUACGGUGAUGCCACCAACACAUCUUGGCUCGAUGAGCGUUUCCAGAUCUGGCGACACGAGACCGGUGCAGCUAUCGGCUGGGUUCAGAGUGACAAGUUUGCCAUGAUCACUGGUGACCCUCUUUGCGACCGCAGCCAAUACCCACAGGUCAUCCGUGCUUUUAUCAACCAUCUUACUGUUGACUUGCGCUUGACACCUCUCUGGAUGCUCGUCUCGUACGAAAUCCAAAAGAUUCUCGCUUCUGAGCUUCGCUGGCGAAGUUUGACGUGUACCGAGGAGCAGCGUGUUGAUGCCGACAAACACAACAGUGCUCAAAUUGAAGGACUGGCUGCCAAGGCCCGUCGCGUUGAGCGUGAAGGAGUCAAGAUUCACGAGGUCAAGGCCGACGAAGACUUCAUUUCUCGUGCCAACCCCGCUAUCGAGGAAUGGAAGCAGAACCGUAAGGGUAAGCAAGUUCAUCUUACCGAAGUUCGUCCAUGGAUCGACCAGGAGCACCGCCGCUACUUUGCUGCCGAGAAGGACGGCAAGGUCAUGUCUAUGGUGGUCUUGGCCAAGCUUGCUCCUCGCCACGGCUGGCAAGUGAAGUGGGCUCUCGACUUCCCUGGCGCUGUUAACGGUGCCAUCGAGGUCCUGGUCAGCUUUGCCCUGUCCAACGUUACCGGAAAGGUCACCUUUGGUGCAGGUGUGUCGGAGAAGCUUACCGCCGGUGAGCACGUCGGCGGACUUCGCGCCAAGUUCCUCAGCGCCACCUACAGAUCUAUCAUUGACAGCCUCGGCCUUCGCCGUAAGGCUUCAUUCCGAUCCAAGUUCGGUGCCCUGGGAGAGGAGAUUUACAUCUGUUAUCCUAAGAAGGGUGUUGGCCUGCGCGACUUGCAAAACGUUAUCAAGUUCUUCACCGACUAA